GGGUGCGGGCGGGCGCCCCAACAUGGCCUUCACCAUGCUGCGCCCCGUGGCCGCCCGCGUGCUCUACCCCGACCUCAGCAUGCUCUCGGAGGACGAGGAGAACCGCAGCGAGAGCGACACGUCGGACCAGUCGUUCGGCUGCUGCGAGGGCCCCGAGGCUCGCCGCAAGCUGCCGCGGAAGCCGGGCCCCAUGGUGAUGGUGAAGCAGAGGCAGGCGGCGAACGCGCGGGAGCGGGACCGGACCCAGAGCGUCAACACGGCCUUCACCGCCCUGCGGACCCUCAUCCCCACCGAGCCCGUGGAUCGCAAGCUGUCCAAGAUCGAGACGCUCCGCCUGGCCUCCAGCUACAUCUCCCACCUGGCCAACGUGCUGCUGCUGGGCGAGGGCUGCGAGGACGGGCAGCCCUGUUUCAGUGCCAUCUAUGGCGCCAAGGGCGACCUGGACAGCAAACAGCCCCGCAGCAUCUGCACCUUCUGCCUCAGCAACCAGCGGAAAGGGGGCAGUCGGAGGGACCUCGGGGGCAACUGCCUGAAGGUGCGAGGGGUGACGCCCCUGCGAGUGUCGCGGAGAUGAGCCGGGCUCCGGCAGCGCCCACCUGACACAGCGGCGGAGGCAGACGGAGCCCGCGCACGCCAGCCCAGAGACCGCAGCGGGGAGGGAGGGAGCUGCUCACCUGAGGUGGCAGCGGCCGAGCCCAGGCUGGCCCCACACCGACAUUGGCCCUGGAGCCGCCAGGGGGGCGGGA